UUCCGACUCUCCAGGCACGAGGAUCCCGGGAGCCAGGCUAGCGGGAAGAUGCGGCCGUUGACUGAAGAAGAGACUCGGGUAAUGUUUGAGAAGAUUGCGAAAUACAUCGGGGAGAACCUACAGCUCCUCGUGGACAGGCCCGACGGCACCUACUGUUUCCGGCUACACAACGACCGAGUGUACUAUGUGAGUGAGAUGAUCCUGAAGCUGGCCGCCAACAUCUCCGGGGAUAAGCUGGUGUCCCUGGGGACGUGUUUUGGAAAGUUUACCAAGACCCACAAGUUUCGGCUGCACGUUACAGCGCUCGACUACCUCGCCCCGUAUGCCAAGUAUAAAGUAUGGAUAAAGCCUGGAGCAGAGCAGUCCUUCUUGUAUGGAAACCAUGUGUUGAAAUCCGGUCUGGGGCGAAUCACUGAAAACACUUCUCAGUACCAGGGAGUCGUGGUUUAUUCCAUGGCAGACAUUCCUCUGGGCUUUGGGGUGGCAGCGAAGUCUACCCAAGACUGCAGAAAAGUGGACCCCAUGGCAAUUGUGGUGUUUCAUCAAGCAGACAUCGGGGAAUAUGUACGGCAUGAAGAGACACUGACUUAGGAUGGUUAUCCCAGGAACAUUUUGCUGUGUGAGGGGACUUAGCUUUGUUUCCUGUGUGUGCAGACAUCAUCAUGUUAAGUUCGGAUAACCCUGAGAUACGCCACUUGGAUUCUUACUCAACAGAAAUGGCUCAAAAAUAGGGUUUCAAGCCCUCUAGAAGCAAAAGCAGGUGGGCCACAAGUGUAAGGCCUACUCUAGACUACUUGGCAUUUCAAGGCUAGCCUCUGCUACAUAGUGAGGCCCUGUCUCAAAAAUCUAAAACACAAACCAACACCUGCCAAAAGUUUGUGUGAGUAAAUAGAGUUUUUAUUCUGUACCUACAUCUUCUUUGAAUCAGAAGACUUAUUCUGAGAAACAGGUUCUGAGUUACUGCACUGAGGACAGUAAUUAAAUUGUUAUCUGUGAUAACACUGUUUUCUAGGCUCCUAAUAGCACAGUGGACUUUCUAUCAUUUAUUAAUAUCAUUAAAGAUAGAACUCGCCAUAUAAGGAUAGUAGAUUGUGCCUGUGGUUUUACAGGUGGAGUUUAAUAAAAUAAUACGUGCAACUCA